UCUUUCAUUGAUAAGUUGCUUCAUUGAUAAGUUGCUUAUUUUGCAAAUUUUGAAAAAAUGGUUGUUGCCGGUAAGCUCGAAGCAGAUGUGGAAAUCAAAGCUUCUGCGGACAAGUUUCAUGAUGUGUUUGGGUCCAGACCCCAUCACGUAAAGCAUGCUUCUCCUCACAACGUACAAGGUUGUGAAUUACAUGAUGGUGAAUUUGGAAAAGAAGGCAGUGUUGUCUUCUGGAAUUAUGCUCAUGAUGGAGUCCCUAAAAUUGCGAAAGAGAUUGUUGAAAGGAUAGACAACGUGAACUUGUCUACCACCUUCAAAGUGAUUGAUGGAGAUUUACUGAAGGAGAAUAAAAGUUUCAAAAUCACUGUUAAAGCUACACCAAAGGGUACUGGAAGUGUAGUGCACUGGACACUGGAGUAUGAGAAGCUGAAUAAAAAUAUUCCAGACCCACACUCUUUCCUUCAAUUUCUGAUUGAGGUCUCCAAAGAUAUUGAUGCCCAUCUUACCAAACCAUGAACUUAUAGCCUUAUCCAUCAAUAAACUGUUUGCUUGCUAUAUAUUAUAUAUAUGCGUGUGAUUAAGCUUACAGUGGAAUAUACAUGUAAUAAAUAAAGAAAUCAGUGAACCAGGUUGCUCAUAGGUUGGCUAGAGCAUCAGUUUCUGUAACUGGUUCCAUGGGGUGGGGUCCUGUCCAUCCAAGCAGAAUUGAUGAUGCUUUGCUCUUAAAUAUAAAUAAUAUAUAAUGCAGUUUGAAUUUUCAAAAAAAAAAAA